AUACUCAGUUCACACUAUAGACUCAGUUCACACUGUAUGUAUUGUUUGCAUUGUAUAUAUUGUCGUUUACACUGUAUAUGCUCUAUUUGCAUUAGAUAUGUAAUAGUUCAUGUUGUAUACAGGCUAUUGUAUUCACACUUUGCGUAUUGUUUGCAUGUUCUGUUUAAUUUCUAUUUUACUAUCCUCUUUGCUGCGGCAAAUUUCAAAUUAGUGGACUAAUAAACGAUCACCUUAUCUCAUCUCAUCUGAUCAUCAUGAAUAUGAAUGUAAGUGCUUUGAAUGUUGUUUUAUUUUCUCUUCUCCCACACAACAUCCGGUCCUGACUCGCAGCUCUCCACAGUCUUGGUGUAAACACUCUCUCCAAGUGGCUGUGCGUUUCUCAGCCUUUGCUCCGUCAACUUAACUUUACGCAAACUCCUUUAGUGCGCUGCGACCAAAGGCUGCGACGCAGCGUGCGUGUGUGACCUCCGCAGGUAGUUUCGUGGACUUUUCUGCGACAUGGAGCCUCCGGACUUCGAAGCCAUGAACUUCACGGUGGAGCAGGUGCCGUCGUUGUACCCGCUGUGUGAGGAGUGGAGGGACGGCGCGGAGGGCGCCGUCUUCCACCUGGCGCACAUCUUCCUCUUCCUCGGCUUCAUGGGCGGCAGCGGCUUCUACGGGCUCCUCUACCUCUUCUCCUUCCUCACGCUGGGCUUCUUCUGCUCCUCUCUCUGGGCUUGGUCGGACUCGUGCACCACCGACUCGUUCCUCUGGACCUUCGCGCUGUUCGCCGUCAGCCUGGCGCAGGUGGUGCACGUCGCCUACCGGCUGCGGGGCGUCUCCUUCGAGCGGGACUUCCAGGAGCUGUACCAGUGCAUGUUUCAAAAGCUGGGGGUGUCGCUCACACAGUUCGGGAAGAUCGUGGCCUGCUGUGACGGAGACAUCCACACCUUAGAGCCCAGCCACUGCUUCGCCAUCGAGGGGAAAACCGCCAUCGACAAGCUGUCGGUGCUGCUGUCUGGCAGAGUCCGUGUGACAGUAAAUGGAGAGUUUCUGCACUACAUCUACCCGUUUCAGUUCCUGGAUUCUCCUGAGUGGGACUCUCUCAGACCAGCAGAGGAGGGGAUCUUCCAGGUGACCCUGCGUGCUGAUAACCCCUGCCGCUACGUGGCGUGGAGGAGGAAGAAACUCUACCUGCUUUUUGCUAAGCAUCGCUACAUCGCCAAGAUCUUCGCCCUCGUUGUGCGCAAUGACAUUGCAGAAAAGCUGUUCUCCCUUAAUGAUAAGGCUUUCAGCUCGUCUGGCCGCCGCUACGAUCUCCGCUUACCAAGUUACUGUCACAUGCCAGGGACCGAAUUAGAACAGGCAGAUGUCCUGCAAGUUCCAGUGCAGGGUGGGAGGAUGGCCUGAACACAAACACACACUUGCACACACAUACAUACUCUGCUCUAGGCCUUAAACACUUGGAAGUGACUCACUGUGGGUAGGAAUGUAAUGUAAAUAUAGUGUUAUUUAAGAAGGCCAAAGUGUGACUGUACCAUUUAGGGAAAGUAGGUCUCAAAUGCAGUUGUAACAUAUCUGCCUAUGUUUUCAGAUCUCAAUAUGCAGUAGUAGGUACAGUAGGUGGAGCUAGCAGAUGUUUCACCAGUCAUGUUGUAUCCAGAUAAUCCUAUAGAUUUAUUUGGAAAGGGUCAUAUGACUGACACUCCAUAUAAAUCCUUAAGAUGCAUAAUAGCUGCCUUGUUAACCUUUUUAAAAAUAUACCUAGGUAUACUUUGGCCCAGGUUGUCCUACGUUUAUUGUGUUUUGAACUACGUUCAAGCUUCAAAUCACCAAGAUAUGUGGGACUUUGUUUGAAAGUUCUCAUUCACCUUUUGAAACUAUUCGAUUUUAGUCUUAAAAUUAACAGAAAAACCAAAUCAGCCAAAACUUCAAGGUUUACAGUUUGUUUCUUUUUUCAUCCAUAUUGGUUUGUAAUGCUACUAAUGCUAAUAACGGGUUUAUCUCAUAGACAAAUGGUCAAUGGUCUUUAUUUAGAUAGCGAUUUUCUAGUCUAGAUGACCACUCACACCAGACUUUAUAUAAAGAUGGACGACUUGUCUCCAUUUCCUCCAACUACUCAGAAAUGAUGCCACAAUGUAAAAUACAAUAUGAAGGCUGCCAUCUCAGAGCAUCAUCGCCAUGUUGUCUAUCUUUAUAAACAGCCUGUGGUUUAGCUGGAGAAGAAGCACAGAAGCCAGAAAGCCUUUCAGGAAUUUGCACCCUGAGCGACUUAAAGAAUGAGUGGAAGGAAUAGUCCUCUUAAUAGAUUCAUGGUUCAGAUCCACCAUGAGGUCCUGUCGUUUGUCAUGAAAUAUCUAGAAAUGUAAAGAGAGGAAAAAACUCAUAUAAUGGCUAAAAUGUGGAACUUUUCCUGUGGCUUGGUGAAUAAUUUGCUCCCUCAUUAUUGUAGCUGAACCGAACUACAAUCUCAAUCUCAGAGUUAAAUCUGUUUCAUUCAGUCAUAUGUUUACUGAUAAGACCAGCUGCUUUUGACUGUGUACUAGACAAGCAUGUGUUCUGGUAGUAAAUAUGCUGUGUAGUUAGUUGCUACUUUAGAGGUUUAGACCCACUUGGCUUGACAGGGCAAACAUUUCACAAUCUAACAGAACCGAGAAAGUAGAAAUUGUUACUUCUUCACAGACGGACAUUCUGCUUUUCUAUUCUCACAUCAUAGUCAAGCAGCUGUUUAAAGAAAUUAAAUGUGGAAGAGUUUGUGAAAAUUGAGUUUGUGUGUAUGGAAAUAGUUUUAAACAAAUGACACUAAAGAUUGUGCUGUUCAACUAAGGUGAAAUUAACCUAAAGCUGAAUUGAUGUUAUUUAUUUUAGUUAGUCAUUUAUAAUUACUUUAUACGUAUAUAAAGUGAGAUUAGAGGCUGUAGAUGUCUUAACUGUAUAAGAUUCUGUGAUGUGCAAUAUUGACAGAUUGGAUCAGUGACUAUUGUUGUAAGAUUGUUCAAAUUAAGCUGUAAAUAGGCUAAUUGUGUGUAUAUUUUACUGUUAAAAAUAAAUUAACUAACUGGAAAUUCAUCAGAUUUUUCUAGUUAACACAGACACACAGUGUAAAUAAUAUAAAAUAGAAUGGCUACAAUAUGAUGUAGUAAAUUGAAAUAUACGGUAGUUUGCAGCAUUAUUAAUUUUGUGUUUUCUUAUCCUUUUACAUCUCAGUCUAUAUCAGUAUUUAUCAUCAGUGACUGUGAGAUAAUAACUCAUAAAAAUAAUAUCGGUGUGAUUGUGCCACAUUCGAACAUGUAACAAAAACAAUCCAUUCAUUUGUAAGAACAAGCUCCACAUUGCUGAAGAUCUGUCUCAACCUCAUUAUUCAUUUAAUUCCAUGUUCAAGGUUUUAGAAUGUGUCAGUUGGCAUCCUCUAGCGCCUGCUAUCGUUAGCAAUCAUUCUUUGAGAAAAACACAUCUGAAUGUAACUUCUCCAGUUUAGUUGCAUGUUUCCUUCUGGAAUGACCUUUUUCAUCGCUGUGAUUUCAUCCACAAACAAACAAGUCACACUGCCUCGUCGUUUACUUCCCGAAAAAGAAUCAUCUUUUGUCUCUUUCGCUUGAAAAUAUAAUUUAUUCAUUUUUUUGUUUUGUUUUGCUUAUAAAGCAGAGAGACAAUGGCCCCAUUGGUUAAUUGUCUCCACUGACACUGGGCUGGCCAAAUCACUUCUCUUACAAGUCAAGCAUGUUGACUUCCCAGUGGAGGAGUGAAAUGCAGAGGAACUUGUUUCUACAUUCUGUACCCGUAUGUUUAAAUGUCAUUAAAUAACUUAAAAUGAUACUUUGACUGCUAGCAGAGCUUCUUCUGUAACAGUUACUUGUAUUUCUA